CUGUUACCUAGCAGCGAGCGGCAGAGUGAUUGACGGUUGAGCGGAUUAAAGCUCAGCGGCGGAGCAGCAGGUUUAAAACAAAAACAAAAAACGGACCGAAACGACCCAUAAAUCCGGUUUAAAAGAAGAAACGACGGGGUUUAUUCACGUUUCCUGGAUUGUUAAAGAGUUUUAAAGUACUUUGACUUUGUUUUUGUGAAGAAGAAGAAGAAGAAGAAGCUGACAUUCCUUCAUCUGGGACAGAGCGGAGGACAACAGGCAGCAGGCUCGCUCGUCCAUGUCGCAGCAGCAGAGAGGCAAACAGCUGCCCACCAAGCCCAGGAGGAGAGCCUGAUCCUGGGCUUAGAGAGCCAGCUGAUGCCCCUCCCCCUCCUCCUCCUCCUGGAACAUGCUGUAACCACCUGACAUCCUGUCAAAAUGAUGGCCUCUGUGAUGAUGGGGGGCAACCUCAGGAAGGCCCUCACGCUGAGAGGGGUGGACCCCGAGACCUGCAUGAUCGUGUUCAAGAACCACUGGUCUCAGGUGGUGAAGAUCCUGGAGAAACACGAGCCGGGUCGCAGCAGCUCCAGUGCGUUGAGUUUCCUUUCCGGUCACGCUAACAACAGCAGCAGCUCCGGAUCGUUGCGCCUCGGCCCGAUCCCGGCCGACGAGGCCAGCGCCGUGCAGAACUAUGUGGAGCACAUGCUGUUCCUUCUGAUGGAGGAAGAGGCGGGGCAAGGUGGAGCGAUGGGUCCCAUCCUGGAGUUUGUGGUCCUGGAGGGCGUGAUGGAGAGGCUGUUUCUGUGGAGCCUGAGGAGACAGUUCACUGAGGACAUGAAGCUGGAGCAGCUCAGGAUGUACCAGAUGCUUCUGUCUCAAGCCAAGCAGCCUCUGCUGCACCACAAACCGGUUCUGAGACCACUCAUGAUGCUGCUGGCCUCCUGCGCCGGAGCUGGAACCGACAGUGGGGGUGCGGUGGAGGCGGAGCUUGUCCUCCUGUUGAAUCAGCUGUGUGUCGCUCUGGUCAAAGACCCCUCAGUGCUCGAACUCUUCUUCCACACCAGCGAGGACCAGGGAGCCGCCAACUUCCUGCUCUUCUCCCUGCUCAUACCAUAUACACACAGACAGGGGACGGUGGGUCAGCAGGCCAGAGACGCUCUGCUGCUCAUCAUGUCUCUGUCGGCCUCAGACCCUCGAGUCGCCCAGCACAUCGCAGAGAACACCUACUUCUGCCCCGUGCUGGCCACAGGUCUGUCUGGUCUGUACUCGUCUCUACCAGCCAGGCUGCAGGUUUACAGUGAGGACUGGCACUGUUUGGACCAGGCGGACUGGCAGCAGAUUCCUGCUUUGGUCCAUUUCCUGCACUCGUUGGACUUCUGUAGUGCUGUUACCAAGGUAGCUCAUCCCUCCAUUCGGACUCAGUUGCUGGAUUAUAUCUACAACGGCUUCCUGGUUCCCGUCCUGGCUCCUGCUCUACACAAGCUGACGAUAGAGGAGGUGAUGACAACCACGGCCUAUCUGGAUCUUUUCCUGCGCUCCAUCUCUGAGCCCGCCCUCCUCCAGACCUUCCUGUCCUUCAUCCUGCUGCACACGCACGACAACGUGCACAUACUGGACACGCUGGUCAGCAGGGUCAACACACCUUUCCAGUUGGGUACAGUGUCCCUGGCUCUGUUCAGGACUCUGAUUGGUCUCUUCUGUGAAGAUGUCAUGCUGCAGCUGGUAUUCAGGUAUUUGAUUCCUUGCAGCCACCUCAGCAGGAAGCAGCAGUGGUCCCUAAAGCAAAGGGACUGCUACUCCUCCAGCGCUGCCUCUUUCCUGCUCCUCAUGCCCUCCUGGUGCCCCGGACACCUCUACAACACGAGCGCACAGUCAGAGCACAUCCACUGGCCCAAAGGAGCUGAUCUGUUAUUAUCAGACAGCGUCGGUUACUGUCGGGGCUCGGACUUUCUGAUAGAUGUGAACUACCUUCAUUACCUCUGGGACGCCCGAGAGGCCAUCUCAACAUCUCACAGGGCGUGUCAGCUCUGGUCAGCUCCGUACGAUGGAAUAAACCCUCUACCUCAACAAUACCGAUCCAACACACCAGGGAACGACAAAGACAACGAGGACGAGAUUGCACAGCGAGUAAAGAGCGACUCCAUCUGCUCUUUGGAAAUAACUCCUCAGGCUUUGGCCCUCUCCCCCACCUUGUCCUCUUCAGAUACCGUCUCCUCAAGCAACCACGUCGGAAGAGCCAACUCGGCCCUAGAACUGGAGUGGGAUGACAUUUUUGCAGAUGAGGAUCCUUCAUUACCAGCAGUGAUUAACUCACCGCAUACAAAUGGCAGCAUGACCAUGGAGGUGGACCGAUGCACUGCCACACCUUCACCUCCUGGACACCUCCAGGAAAUGCGACGCACUGCAACAAGGCUGGUGCACGGGUCGUAUGUGGAGGAGUCCGAGUUUCAGGAUGACGUUCUGGUCUAUGACCUUGUUGCUAAGAAUGAUACAAAGGCAGCCAUUUUGGAGCGAAUCAUGGCGGCAAAUCGACGGGCACGUGGAAACAUCCCGAAUGGCCAACAAGCGCCAACAGCGGAACCAACAACAAAAGUAGCAACAAUGCUAACAACAACAGGGAGGACAGUAAUGGAAACAGUUAACAGUAUUAUGUCAACCAGGAGGAGAAGUGAGGAUGGUGGGAAAGAGGAAAGGAGGAUUGAGGAUGGAGGGCAGGAGGGAAGGAGGCGGAGUGAGGACAGUGGCAAGGAGAUGGGGAGAAGGAAGGAGGAAAGAGAAGAUGACAUGAAGAGGAUAGAUGAGCUGGAAGAGCCAAUUGGGUAUCAGUUUUACACAAAUGGUUUUGAUGCUAAGUAUCACAUCAUCGGCGACUGUGACGAUGAUGAGGAUGGCAAACGAUUUAAGCCUAAAUGCAACCUGAAUGAUUUCACAUCUACUACCAAUCACAUGCAAGCAAUGAACCACCAGGACACACCACACAACACACAACAUCCAAGGCCAUAUUCAUUGACUAAUGCUUUACCUAAUGGGCAUUCAGAACUUGAGCAACAUGACCCAUUGGUACCUGCGGCUGAUGCCAAAUCUUUAAGUCUGCCUGUUAACAAAAUCAACAAUAACAACGACUUCCUCACCCAAUACUAUGAGUUCAUGCUCUCUUUGGGGGUUGAGCCAGAAUGUGACAACAUCUCUGACGACAUUGGUUUGUUCAGGAGGCGGGUCAGAGCGCUGAGGCAAAAACUCGAAGAGGAGGAUGGACCUGGUGAAGCGUUUGCUCUGAGCUCUUUGUGGGACAGCAGAGAUAAGGAAGUAGAAGAGGCAGAGAUGGAGGAGGAGGAGGUGGAGCAAGAGGAAGGAGAGGAGAGUGGUAGCAGCUGUAAGGAUGACAGCAGGGGCCAUGAAGUUCCUUUUACAGGUCCAUUCAUCAGUGUUCUGUUGUCGCGCCUCGAGAACCUUCUUGAAAACUCUAUCGCUGUUAACCUGCUGGUGACAGGCAUCCUCGCACAGCUGGCGUCAUACCCGCAGCCUCUCCUUAGAUCCUUCCUACUCACCACAGACCCACAAAGCCAACCCAACGUACGAACACUGUACCAGGUGUUGCUGUCCGUGCAUGCUCAGAUCGAGCGCUAUGUGGCCGCCAGACCAGAUUAUCCAGCCCUAGUCACUCAGGCCUGGAGGUUCUUGUUGGUUAAAGACCAGGACAGCAAGUUUAGAGAGUGCCUCCAGUCCCAUGACGGCGACAUCCCGCUGGACUCAUCUCUUCCAAAUGGUUCUGUUAGAAACACUCUGGCUUUGCCUCCGCUUGGUGUCCUGCCGCCGUGCCCUCCGAUUCCCCCUCAAGCCAAGAGCAGAGUGUUCGCAAUCAUCCUCUACGCUGAGUUCCUGAAAGAGCUGGCAGCCAUCGCCCAGGAGCACAGCAUCGCACCUGACUGUUCUGCAGAGGAGUAAUGGGAGGGUUGUUGGUGAAAAACCCCCGAGCCAUGUUGGGAAAACUUGGUGUUUUCCCACCAAUGAAUCCAAGACCUGCGUCAGGACCACCAACAGUUUCUAAAAUCCCCAAAACUACAAGCACUAAAAAAAGCACAUACAGGAAUGCAAUACAUAAAAACAAUAAAUGUUGAUAUUGUUUUUAAGCAUACAUAAUGUACACUAUGUUUAUAUACCUGGCAGCACUUGAAUAUUUUAACGAUUUCCCCCAUGUGACUAUGGAUGAUAUUUAUACAUAGACAGAAAGAAUUGAAGGAGAUUAUUUUGAACAUAAAUCAGUGUUUUCUAUAUUUUUAUGAAAUUGGUGAAAAUAGUUUUGUAUGCUCUUUACUGAAAUUGUUGCAAUACUAUUUAAAGUGUAAAACAUGACACCAUUCAGAGUUUUGUAACGAUUAAUUUCUGUGGCGGGCCAUUUCAAAAUCAAGCACCUCAUGCUAGUGAUCCAUAAACUACUUUAAUUAAACUAACUUUAAAAAUAAAGAUAGAGUCAGCAUGUUAGCCUACGAGCUAAAAUGCUACAGAAGGCUUGCUAGGCUUAAAGGAGAUCUAUUCUGCUGACUCAUAUUUAAAUACAUACAUAUAGUGUUUCGAUGUCCAUGUCCAUACUAAUCCUCUGCAACGAUUUUUUUAACACAAGAUACACAGUUGUUUGUGUAAUCCCCAGACGUGGUUUCGUGCUGCUCUGAACGAGACGUUACGAGAUCUUGGCGAGACUUGACCAGAACCUGACGUCAAGUUCUGCCAACGUAUCAGACCAAAGCAUGGAGCAAAGUUGUAGGACAUGCCCACCCCGGCAGCUAUUUCAAGGACACGCCCACCCGGAAGCUCACUCAAAUUUCCUUACGACUGCAAACAGAGCCGGCCAAUCAGAGGAAAGAGGGCACGUGGGGAGGGUCUUAAAGAGACAGUAGCUGGAAUAAAGCAUUUCAGGAAGACGCUGAAAUUAGGGAUUUUGCUGACGGAGGUUUUUGAGCUACUCAACAGGAGUCCCAGACUAACAAAGCGAGUGUCAUAGAUCUCCUUUAAAUUGCAUGCUAGGCUUAAGAUUAAACUUGAGGUACUCAGUGCACACCAGAACGACCACCAAGACAUUACAUUUGUAUCCAGAUUUAGGAAAUAAGACGAUACAGAUUUCCAAAUUUAGUUUUUCUAUUUUAUUUCCACGAUCCAUUGUCUUUUUGUUUUUGCCAAAAUAUCUCAGUUUUUUUUAACCAGCGUUUGGUUCAACAUUUUAAAAUGUGCAAACACUAUGUUUUAAAAAACACACAACAGCAUUAAGUUCAUGUGUUUAUUUCAAAAUGAACUUAAUAUUGUUUGUCAGAGCGUUUCUUUAGUUGUGUGUUUCGUCCUUCCUGUUGUGUUAUCGUGCGUCUAAAGGGGCUUCACCUGUGUUUAGGUUUAACCUUUGAACGCUCAUCGUAGUCGAUUUCUGCACAAAAAAGACGACUGGCAGUUUUUGAAUCCUCUAAAAAUGGGGAAAAAAGCCUCUUUCAUCAGAUGUAUCUUUUUUGUUGAUUGCCUGAUGUGUCUUCAUUUGCAAACAGAAAACACAGUAAAAAUGACAACGCCUUAUUUUAACCUUCAGAGAUUUUAGUGCAAAGACUGAAGAUGCAUCUUGUUGUCUUAUCGCAAAAAUCAGAUCUGGAUUUUUCUCACUUGCACUUCUGUCAAGUGCAUUUCCUCGUUUUGAAUUUGAUGUGUGUGAUUUUUGUUUUGUCCUCUCUCACCUCAAGAGAUAUUUGCUGUAAUGCCCUUAAGGUGUUCACCUGUGCUGCAUUCAAGGUCAAGUGCAAAAGAAGGUAGAUUUGAGCUCCCCAUUUUAGAUAAAACAUCCCUUAAGUACGACCAAAUGUUGGAUUCUGGACUGUGCAUUGUGUCUCCAGCAAAUCUGUACUCAGCAACACUAUCCCCCCUCCUUGCUAUGUGCUGGUACUGACACCUGCUGGUGAACCACAGCUGGGACACGUUUCUUCUAUUCACCCUGUUGUCUCUUCUUGGAAUGAAGUAUUGCCACUAUGCUGUAAAAAAAAUAAUGAAAAUAUAUUUUUUGAAUGGAAAAAAAGGCCAUAAUAAAUCUUGAAGAUCGUGAA